CUCGCGCUCUGACGCGUCGCGAUAUAAACCACUGAAGUCAGGGAGAUUUGAUCUUUUCACUGGAGAGCUCAGUCUGAGGAGAGACUCGCAUUGAGUGACAACGAAGAUUAUUGAAUUAUUUCCUUAUUAUUAUCUAUUGAUCUUGUGGUGAAGAAGAAGGAUUUACUCUGAGGUGAUGGAGGCGCUGCGGCUGCUGUGGAUUGUCGGCUGCGCAUCGGUCGCAUCGGCUCAGGGUUCGAGACUCAAAACACCAGCACUGCCCAUCCAACCCGAGAGAGAACCAAUGAUAUCGAAAGGAUUAUCCGGUUGCUCCUUCGGUGGACGCUUUUAUUCCCUGGAGGACAUGUGGCACCCGGAUCUUGGUGAACCGUUUGGCGUAAUGCACUGCGUUAUGUGUCACUGUGAACCGCAGAGAAGUCGCCGUGGAAAGGUGUUUGGAAAGGUGAGCUGUCGGAAUAUGAAACAAGACUGUCCUGAACUGACCUGCAAUGACCCUGUCCUGCUCCCAGGACAGUGCUGUAAAACGUGUCCAAAAGGUGACUCGGACAGGAAGGAGUCUUUGUUUGAGAUCUUCCAGGAGAAAGAGGAUGAUCUGCACAAGUCUUAUAAUGACAGAUCAUACAUCAGCUCUGAAGACACCAGCAACAAAGACAGCAGGACAGAUUUUGUGGCAUUGUUGACGGGUUCAAAGGACUCUUGGCUGCCGAGUUCAAGUGGCGUCGCACGAGCACGUUUCACACUCACUCGAACGAGCCUGACGUUCUCUAUUACAUAUCAGAGGAUGAGCAGACCGAGUGUCAUCACGUUCCUUGAUUCCGAUGGAAACACAGCGCUUGAGUUCAGAGUUCCACGGACAGAGACGGACAUGAUUUGUGGAAUUUGGAAGAAUCUUCUGAAGUCCCAAAUCCGUCAACUGGAGGCGGAGCAGCUCCAUGUUUCCAUGACAACUGCUGACAACAGGAAGGAGGAGAUACAGGGCAAAAUCAUCAAACACAGAGCGCUGUUUGCAGAAACGUUCAGUGCAAUUCUGACAUCUGAAGACGUGCAUUCUGGGAUGGGUGGAAUCGCCAUGUUGACUCUCAGUGACACAGAAAACAAUCUGCAUUUCAUCCUGAUACUGCAAGGACUCAUUCCACACACAGAGAAAGCCUCUGUAAAGGUGCCAGUGAAAGUGACAUUGAUGUACCGACAACACCUGCUGAGAGAAAUACGAGCAAAUAUCUCUGCAGACGACACGGACUUUGCUGAAGUUAUGUCGGAUCUCAACAGUCGGGAACUCUUCUGGUUGUCUCGUGGGCACCUGCAGAUCACCGUUGAAACGGAAGGUCAAAACCCCCAUCAGAUCUCAGGAUACAUUUCUGGCAAAAGAUCAUGUGACACUCUUCAGAGUGUGAUGUCCAGCGGCUCUGCUUUGGCUCCUGGAAAAACAGGUGGCGUUGGGUCAGCAGUUUUCACAUUACAUCACAACGGCUCUCUGGAUUACCAGGUGCUGGUGGCGGGUCUGACCAGCACGGUGGUUGGCGUGACUAUCGAGAUGAAACCACGGCGACGCAGUAAACGCAGCGUGCUUUACGACGUCACGGCAGAUUAUUCUGCGACAGAGGAGCAGGGCAGCGGGCGAGCGGCAGGCAGCUGCAGUCGUGUGGAGGCUCGGCACAUUCACAUGCUGCUACAGAACGAACUGUUCAUCAAUAUCGCGACAGCCGAACAGCCCGAGGGCGAGUUACGCGGACAGAUACGAACGCUGCUGUACAACGGACUGGACGCACGCCGACACGAGCUUCCAGUUCCUCUGGCGGGUCAGUUCGUGUCUCCUCCGGUUCGUACCGGUGCAGGCGGUCACGCGUGGGUCUCGGUGGACAAUCAGUGUCAUCUGCACUAUGAGAUUGUCGUUAACGGCCUCAGCCAGAGCGAAGAUGCCACCAUCAAUGCCCACCUGCACGGAUUAGCCGAGAUCGUUGAGAUGGACGACUCAGCCACCAAUCACAAGAGACUUCUCACUGGCUUCUACGGUCAACAGGCUCAGGGUGUGUUGAGGGAUAUAAGUCUUGAUUUAUUGAGACAUUUGGACAAGGGCACAGCUUAUAUUCAGGUCAGCACCAAAAUCAACCCAAGAGGAGAAAUACGAGGACGUAUUCACGUUCCUAACAGCUGUGAGUUCGGGUCCCGCAGUGAGGUGGUUGAGGAGAUGGAGUUUGAUGACCUCGUGUUCGUUCGUGACCCGUCAGAACUGAAGAAAGACCCACACACAUGUUUCUUUGAAGGAGAACAUCACGCUCACGGAUCGCAGUGGACGCCGCAGUACAACGCCUGCUUUAGUUGCAUCUGCCAGAAGAAAACAGUGAUCUGUGACCCUGUGAUCUGUCCUGCACUCUCGUGUCCUCACACCGUCCAGCCCGAUGACCAGUGCUGCCCCGUCUGUGAUGAAAAGAAAGAAACUAAAGAGACCGCACCAGUAGAAAAAGUUGAUGAGAAUCCAGAAGGCUGUUAUUUUGAAGGUGAUCAGAAGAUGCACGCACCUGGCACAACGUGGCACCCGUUCGUUCCUCCUUUCGGCUACAUCAAGUGCGCAGUGUGCACCUGCAAAGGUUCAACUGGAGAAGUCCACUGCGAGAAAGUGACGUGUCCGGCACUCACCUGUAGCCGACCAAUCAGACGCAACCCUUCAGACUGCUGUAAGGAGUGUCCAGCGGAGGACACGCCCCCUCUGGAUGAUGACGAAAUGAUGCAGGCGGAUGGAACGCGUCACUGCAAGUUCGGCAAAAACUACUACCAGAAUAGCGAACACUGGCACCCGAGUGUCCCGCUGGUUGGGGAGAUGAAAUGUAUCACCUGCUGGUGUGAUCACGGAGUUACGAAGUGCCAGCGAAAACAGUGUCCGUUAUUGAGUUGCAGUAACCCCAUCCGCAUGGAAGAGAAAUGCUGUCCUGAGUGUAUAGAGGACUUCAUGGAAAAAAAAGAAAUGGCGAAGAUGUCAGAGAAAAAGAAGAGCUGGAGACACUGAUAUCUUCUUUUCUCAGCGUUCUUCAGAUCAGGUCAUCUCAGACUCACAUAACGGGACACCUGCACCAACAACAACAAACAAACGAAACAGAGAGGACGUCCAGAACAAAAGAGAACGAGAGUUUGAGAGAACGUGACUCUGAAGACGAAAGAGAUCAAAACAAAAUGAGAGCGAAUCUCAGCUGCUGCAGUCCUUUGAAUUUCGUUUGGACUGAAUUUUUCACAGAAAUGUUUGUUUUAUUUUUAUACGAUUAAUUGGUUUUUUUUUUAUACUUUGGAACAAAACAUCCAUUCUGUUACCAAUAAACCUUUGUCGAACAGUUCGCUCACUUGGUGACACACACAAAAUCUUUGAGCAUUAAUAACCGUUUGUACCCUCAGUAAAAUCUUUCAGUAUGCAAAUAUGACGCUCAAAUCUCAGCCAAUCAGAAGGACUGUUCUGCAUUCUGUGGCUAUGAUGCAUCUGAUUGGAGAUUUGCUCUAUGGGUGGGGCUUGGUUGUGGAGGCGGGGUUUAGAAUGCACAGUUAGCCCCGCCCAUUUCUGUUGCACCUGAUGUCAGUCUGUUUUUAUGAUUGCUGGUAUGUAAUAUUUUAUGGCUUUUUUCAGUAUUUUGAUGACUAUUAUGAAUAUUGUUUGUAUUUCAUAUUUAUUAAUUAUGAUCAAUAAAGAAAGUUUUGUA